AUGGACCGCAGUCAGACACCACAGCAACGCGAAUUGGUGUACUGCCAUCAGUGCGAGAACGAGUGGUACAGAGACGAGCACGGCAUUAUCUGCCCCGAAUGCCAGUCAGACUUCACCGAGAUCAUCGAAGACAGCAACCGCGAUCCUCGCGAUGACGAUGCAGAAGAGCAUGGAUUCGACGCACCAGAUCCAGAUGAGGGAGACAUAGAUGACUUCUUCAAUUGGCAACCUAAUGCGCCUGGUCAGCCUCCUGGCGGUCGCUUUCAAGGAACAUUCACACGCAACAUGAACUUGAGCAAUCAAGCGGGCGCAGCACAGGGCGGAGGUGGUCUGCUUGGAGGACUGUUGGGUUCAGCAAUACAGGGACUUUUGAGCGGUCAACGUCCGCCGCAGCAAGCUUCGCAAGGGCAAGGAGCCAGUCGAGAUACAUCAGGUGCAGAGGGUCAGGGCAAUCCACAGACGCCUGGCUCCCUGCAACAGAAUCAACCGCAAUGGGCCCAACCGGGCACUACAGUUCGUCAUGGCCACGGUCCAGGGUAUUCUUUCACCAUUACUACCUCCUCGGGCGGUACGGGUCUAGUCCCUCGCGAUGCAAACGGUGCCCAGCCAUUUCAACGUCAACCCGCCGCGCUUCAGCAAAUGCUAGACGAGAUGGUCCGCAACAUCGGCGUGGCACCGAUGGGUAUGGGACCUGGUUUUGGCGGUGGAGGAAUGUAUGGAGGAGGAAUGCAUGGCGGACCCGGAGGACCGAUGAUGGGUAUGGGUGCUGGCCCUCCAAUUCCGAUGGCCGAUUUGAUGCAGCUAUUUGGAAUGGGAGGAGGCCAGCAUGGCGACGCUGUCUACACUCAGGAGGCGCUCGAUCGGGUCAUCUCACAGCUUAUGGAACAACACCAGUCCGGCAACGCGCCGCCGCCAGCAUCGACAGAUGCGAUUGAGUCGUUACCAAAGCGGCCAGUGACGCAGGAAGAUGUCGGCGACAACGGCAAGGCGGACUGCAGCAUCUGCAUGGACGAUGCAGAGGUGGGCAGCAUGGUCACGGAGCUACCUUGCGGUCACUGGUUCCAUCACGACUGUAUCAAAGCUUGGCUCACCGAGCACGACACCUGCCCGCACUGUCGGCAGGGUAUCAUGCCCAAAGACCAGCCCAACAACGAUCGCGCACGGGACCCAAAUCAGGCCCCUCAUCACGACAUGCAUACGGCAGAGCAGCAGCGAGCGCCAAGCACCCAGGGCGAAGGUGGCUCAUCAGGUGGAAUGUUCUCGCGGAUGCGGCAGGCAUUCGGCGGCAACAGAGGCGAGAACCGUGAGAGUCAAGGACAGUGA